AUGUUGAUAGGCGGGGAGAAGUUGCGAAACCAGAACGAAUCACCCGGACUCUCAGGUCAGUCAGACUCGACUGUUGAGCUGACGCCAAUCAAAUGCAUCUCGGCCGAUACAACCUCCGAACCCCAGAAGCAGGCUCCUGAUGAUUGCCUCCCGCUGCAUACGAAACAAAGUGACAAUGGUUCCGGUGUCCAAACACUGGAAGCGAAAACAUUGUCAAAGUUUUCAGAACCAGCGAUUUCGAGGAGAGAUCCGGCACAACAUAGGCACACAACCGCAAAAUGGAGCCCUUUCUGGCUACGGCGCGCUCUCCUUGGCCCAUUCUGCGUUUUCUUUCUCGCCUGCGCCAUCGCCCUUCCAGUGAUGCUUCACUUUUCACACGAGAACCAAGGACUUGGCAUCGUUCGUCAGGAUCUCGGUCAGUUAUGGAGGUUUGGGCCAACUGCGAUACUCACCGUUGUUGCGGCUCUGUGGGCGCGUGUCGAACUACAAGCAAUGCGAUUUAUGCCAUGGGUAGCUAUCCAACCCCAAAGGAGGCGAACUUUAUCUCGCGAGGAAUAUACAGUCGACUACACCUCGAUGCUACCUCACGAGGUACUUGUCAAAUCAUUAAGCAACAGGCACUUCUUCGUCUUCUUCGCUGUCCUUUGCUCGAUUUUGAUAAAGGUUGGAGUUAUUUUAUCAGCUAGUGUUUUCGAGCUUGCUUACAUUGAAGGCGUACAUUCUGUUGAUUUGAGAACGUUGGAUUCAUUCAAUGUCCUAGCAACAACCCCCGAGUCACGAUCUAUUUCACUCUCUACCCGAGGGCUUUAUUCAGAUGUGUCACCUUCGCAAGCCAAUAUCUCUGCAACGACUCCAUUCUUUCACGCACGAGCACUUCAAGACUUCAAUAUGAGUUUCCCGUUUGGAGUUUCCGAGCAAGGUGCAUAUCAGACUUUCAUGCAGGCAGCGAACGGAGGAGCACGUGGAAGUGUAAAUUCACCUGUGGCGGCCACAGUAGACGGCCUGUUUCCCGAGGCGGAAUGCCGCCUACUGCAAAGCUACAAAUUUAACAACAUCACGGAAGAAGAGCGAAAAUCUAAGAAUGGCUUUGUGCCUACUGUCAGCUUGCAAUUCGAAGGCUGUCCAGAAACAGACAUACGAGUGAACGUCUCGAUGGUGCCCGUGGAUUAUCAAAUAGUCCGAUGGACAGUCGCAAAUUCCUCUAAAGGCCGCGAAAGAUGCUCUUCACUGGAGUCUGAAUACGAACAGUUCUAUUACGUUACAGAGUUUUGGAAUACAGCCCGUAAUUCCAACUUCAGGCCCAUACAGAGCUUGGACAAGGUCGCCGCUGUGCUUUGCUCCGUAGGUCUUCGGUCAUCAAGAGUAGACAUCACGGAUGACGGUAUCAGUCCAGCCUUGAAAAUGUCACCAACCCAAGAUGGCACGGCCGUCAAUACCCACUUCUGGUCUCUUUUAACCCAGUCUAUACCAGUAUCAAAGGGACUCUGGGACAGCAUGACCCGAUCCGCUCCCUAUGGACCUAUCGUUGCAUUAGCUAAUUUCAAGAAGACGACGCCACAGCAACUAGGAUCUUCACUCUACGAGAGCAAGAUUCUCCAGGAAGCCGUGUCGAACCUCACAGAAACGAUUGGCCCUUUUGUUGCGCACUACCACUUCAAACAAAACCAAAACCAGACUAUCACAGGUUCAAUUAUCCGGCAAACGCCACGACUCAAAGUGACAGGUAGCAUCAGUAUCGCGAUGGCAGUACUUUUCGGCACGUCGACUCUUAUUGCGGCCUGGAUGAUUCUAACAUCUCGGGGCACGUUUGGAGCUUGGCCCAGGAAUCCUACCACAAUAUUAGGAUCGAUGGCCGUCUUUUCAGAAAAGGAAGUGAAUACAGCGCUUGUACUUGAUGACGCCCAAAGCACCAAAGACGAGUGGGCCCGUACUGAGGACAGUCCAUUUGCUCUUGAGACCUGGCUUCGUGCUUUGUUUUCCGCCUACGCCCUAGCACUCAUCAUCGCCCUCGCAAUCACCCUACGAAUUUCAGAAAUUUCCGAUGGAAUAGCUACUGUACAUAAUGGCACCUUGUCUAUUUGGUGGAAGUCAAUACCUGCAUUGGCGAUGUUCUUAGUUGCGUUGUAUACUGCUUCGGCUGCUAUGGCGGUCCGGGAUCUCGGUAUUCUGUUCCAACUCUCGAUAAAGCCCUGCAGCAUUCGAGACAUCGACAUGUCUUUCUUGGACAUGUUUGGCAUCCAAGCACUAUAUCACUCCUUUCGACUGAGGAAUAUUUCAAUCAUCCUGCCCCAACUCCUUGCCAUAUCUUGUGCGUUCUUGACGGCCUUAUCAACGAUCCUAUUCACCUCGGAGCUGGCUCGAAACACCACGACAGAGAUAGCAAUCCCGGUGGGAGAUAGAUUUACAACCCACACCCAGCAAGAACUUUCUGCCAUGGACAACUACACAGCUAUCCUGGAUAGUAUGGGUGCUUUGAUUGUGUCGAAAGAAAAAUCAAACCUCACCUGGCCUGAGAGCACCUACAAGGAUUUGAUAUUUCCUCGUCUUGAGUUGAGUAAUAUUCAGGACCAAAAAUGGAACAAAGAUAUGUCACUCAGUGUCGAAAUGGGAGCGGCGAAAAUCUUCCCAGACUGUCAUCGAGUCCCCGACGAGGAAUUUAAGGUGGAUGUGAAUUUCACAGCCAAGUCAGGGCAUCUGCCCAAUACCAAUCUAACACUUACUCGAGAUAUUAUUUGCGGAAAUGGGACCAGGGUUCCUCUUUCCAGAAGUUUGACCUGGAAUAGCAGUGAGAAUGGCUUUGCAUACGUUGCGACAAGUAUUCCAUCCGACGAUGACCAUUACGGCCUCAUGCCCUGCGAUCCUAAAAGCGAGUACACGAAGCGCCCGCUUCCGCCUUGGAAGCUGAGAGACUAUUUCUGGGCAAAUGUGUCAGUUUCAAAUCGCCGACUUGAACACCACUCUUAUUGGAGGUGCAAUUACUCGUAUUGGGAAGUCCCAACCACUGUCAAUUUCGUUCAUUCGAACGGAAGUCUGCAUCUGGAUUACAACCAUCUACCUUCUUCGGAUGAUUCCAAGCGAAUCCCAUGGAGUACUCCCAUAAGUCUUAUUGGUCUAAGUGAUCCCUUCCCUCUUCCAGGAGACAGCAACAUAACGUUGAAAACGACCACUUCGAUGUUCAGACCAUUCUUGGAACCUUUUGGCAGCUUGAAGAUGGAGGCCUUCGGCGACCCGGACCAAGAAGAUACAAUUCUUGACAAUCUGCACUCACUUCAUCGUAUAGCAUGGGGCCAGUUGGCAAGUCAGCUGGUUCGCUCAGAUGCGAUUGACCCUGCAACUCAAGCCAUGGUCAACGCCAAAGUGCGAGAUAAUCAGCUGUAUCGACUAUUCCAAAAUCGUGCUGUUACCAUCGCCCUAAUAAUUAUAAUAGGGUUGGCACUCGUUGUAAAUCUUUGGGUUCUGAUCUCAACUGCACUCCGGAAAUUCUUUGGAAAGCGACUGUUACUGGACAUGGAAUUCAAGGGUCUGGCACCAUGCGGGGUCAAUAGUAUUGCGAUGAUGGAGUCAUUGGUCCAUGGCUCUAAUGCCCUAUCCGCAAUGCCUCAUAAACCGUACAAUAGAUCAUUUGAAGAGCUGGACGACCAUUUUAGAUCCGCCCGCUUCCGCUUCGGGUGGUUCAUGGGGAAGGGGGUGGGAGAGAGAGUGCUGACUGUUGGGGCCUUGGAUGACGACAAGUUUCCUUUUCUUAGCAAGAAGGAGUAA